CCAGUUCACUGCACUUACGCCGGGGAUCACAGCACUACAGUAUCCUCUGGUCAGCUCAAUAGAUCUGAAGUCUCCAUCUCCCAACCAAACAAUUGCAAUAUUAUUACACACUCCGAUACUCUUCCUCCGCGGAUAUACAUCAGCGCAACUCAAAACACGUUAUUUCAAGCGCCGCUUACUAAAUCCCAAAACCGAGGACCAGCGACGAUCUCAAAAUGCCCGCCAUCCGCCCCGCCUCGAAGCGCAAGCCGCCUCCAGAGGGUUUCGCCGACAUUGAGGAGGACCUGCUCAUCUUCGCCAACAAGAUGAAGGACGCGCAGAACGCCCCGACGGACAACAUACCCAAGCACCAGGCCAAAUGGCCUAUCUUCCAGAUCUCGCACCAGCGGAGCCGGUACAUCUAUGAGCUCUACUACGAAAAAGAAGCCAUCAGCAAGCAGCUGUACGAGUGGCUGCUCAAGAACGGAUACGCGGACGCGAUGCUGAUCGCGAAGUGGAAGAAGAACGGCUACGAGAAGCUCUGCUGCCUGCGCUGCAUACAGACCAAGGAGACCAACUUCAACUCGACGUGCAUCUGCCGCGUGCCCAAGGCCGAGCUGAAGGAGGGCCAGGAUGUGCAGUGCGUGAGCUGUGGGUGCAGAGGGUGUGCUACUGGUGACUGAAGAGGAGGAGACAAGGAUUUAAGGUUAUAAAAUUGAAGAGGGAAGGCAGGAACAAGCAUCUUUUUUCAAGGCUGAGAUGUGGUGGAGAAACAAUGAGAAGUCGGGGGCCGACGAACGGCCGUUCAGCGCCGCGAUAAUGAUACCAACAACAUCUCUUUGUCGAGCACGCAUCGGGAGAGGGAAGAGGCGUUCACGGGGAGAGGGUAAGAUAAGA